AUGAUCCACCCCGCUGCCGAAAACGUAGCCAAGCGUCACCUUGGAUCCCCCAGACGAGAAACCGUCGAUCUGGUUGGCAAGGAGAUGCUACUCUAUAGGUGUUCGACGGGCAAGGAGGCCGAUAUUGUCGUCGCUAUGGACCUACCCUUCGUCUUAUUCAUACCUUAUGGUCGAGGAGGAGAAGAGGCGAACCGAAAGAUACCCCCCGCAUCGCUGUCGCUCAGCAGCCGCACCGCCGAGACCUUUUACGAACUUGUCGUCACUGUACAACAAGGCCACACCCAUCAACACAAAUACGCAUUCCCCAUAACAAUCCAACGAUACGAUACCCUCUCCACCUUUGGCAUGUACAACAAACCCGAAUACAAGACCGCUGUCUCAGACAACAUCGUCACUCUAGGCAUGUCGUUACCGAGGUGGAGCUAUGGCCCUUCAGAUCCCUUGACCGUCUACGUAAGGUUGGCGCCGAAUCCGGAUUGGAUGAGCAAGGCGAAGAAGGUCACGGUGGACAAGCUCACAAUCACUAUCGAGGAGGAAAUUACCUAUAAUCCCGAGGGAGAUGAGCCCACGAAGAAGGUUUACAAGCUUAUCAAACACACGCAACCCGUUAAGGCGAAAUUGUCAGAAGCUGGGUAUACGACUAACUUAGGACUGGUAUUCCCGUCAAAGUCCAUCCGCGAUUCGGAAGGAAUAAUACGCCGCGAGAAGCCGGGUUUCCCUCUGUACGAAGUUAAUUCUUUUACUACAACUUCAACCCUCUACAGAAUCGAGUUCUUUGUGUGUAUCAAGGCUCACCUAGGCUCUGCUCGAGAUAUCACCGUCCGUCAACCUAUUGUCAUCUGCCCCAUGGACCAUCAGGAGUGCAAGGAGAUUCUAGAGGCCAUCGAGCAAUCCGCCAAAGAUGCUGCCCACGUCGACCCUAGCCGCCCACCGCCACGACCAACGAUAGUGAAGGCGACCGAUAAAAAUGCCCUCGAGGCUCUAGGCCUUUGUAUGGUCGGCGGCCAGAAGAAGCCCCUGAUUGAGUAG